CGCCGGUUACGGAACCACGCUGGAGCGCAUCCCCGGUGUGAGCGCUUCUAUGCCCGCUUUCCGCCCUGAAAGGCUCCAGCUUGGACUAGGGUGUCCUGGACCGGGGUCAUGGCUCUGAAGCUGACCCAGAGACUUCCUCUGCUGGGUCACUUCAGGAUCCAGUGUCACCCUGCGGGACCUUUCCGCCCCUCUAGGCUCCAGAUCACCAGCAGUCUGGCUCAGUCUGUGUGUGUUGCCUGUCUGUGCACAUCAGCCAGUCGAUGCAUCCGCAUACAGGGCUGCCUGAAGCUCCAGCCGGACUUCAGGAUCCACAGGAGCCUGACCACCAUCGUUAGAGAGCCGUCCUUUGUGGCCAGCAGCUCGGUGGGACUCCACAGGGACUCUGUUCCCCGGUUCUGUCUGACUCUGCUGCACCGGCCAACAGCUGAGGAGGAACACGGCUUCCUGCAGCGUCUGGAGACCUGCUCUUCUUCCAGGAAGGUCUUCAAACUGCUGUGCUCAGUGGAGACGCUGUCUGACACCAUGGCAGCAGCGGCACUGCACCGGGUGGCUGACCUGGAGCAGGAGGGCAACGCUCUUCGAGAUCCAGCUGUGCUCGAGAAAGACACCAUCAGGGCUCUGUGCUGCCAGCUGGAGCAGGAUUCUGGGCGGCUGACGGAUGCCGGGCUGGUGUCGGCUCUUCUGGCCUGCACACGCCUCUACCUGGACCCCUGGAGCACGCUGAUGGUGCGGCUGGUGUCAGAGAGUCAGGUCAGACUCGAUCGUGGUGAGAUGGGAAUAGACCAGCUGUGUACUUUGGGGCAGGCCAUGCUGGCCAUGCAGGGGCCAGAAUGUGUGAUGCUACAGCAGGUGAUGGAGCAGAUUCAGAGACAGGCGCCUGCUCGGUGGAGCGUAGCCGAGCUCGUUUCUGUUUACAGACUUCUGGAAGGCAGUGCAGGUGAAGAUGGGAAAUACAGGGACCUGCUCAACUGCAUGCACACCCAUGCUGUGACUGUCACCUCCCGCAUGGGUCCUGCUGCUGUCAGCGGGCUGCUGAGAGCUCUGGUCGCCCUGAAUCAAAUGCAGGCCAUGCCUCUCGUGAUCAGUCUCUGCAAACAGUCCACAAGGCAUGUACCUCACUUCACAGAUGAGGAGCUCACUCAUGUACUCGGCGCAUUGAUGCACUUUGGUCACAGUGAUCAAUAUUUUGUGGAAGCAAUGGAGAGAUAUAUUCCCACAGUGGCCUUCACUUCCCACCCGGAGACGAUAUCCAAAGUGAUGCAGUUCUUUGGCCGGAGGAGAAUCCUGUCGCCAGCCGUCUUCGAUGCCGUUGCAGAGAGCUUUGUGUACCGAGCAGACGGCUACAGCACCAGCCAGGUGGCGAGGCAGAUCGCCGCUUUCGGGAAGCUGGGAUACCUGCCGCCCAACGCAGGCAAUCUGUUCAGGAAGGUGGAAAUCAUCCUGCGCACACGUUUUUCACACUUCCAGCCACGAACGCUGCUCACCCUGCUUCACGCCUGCACCCUGGUGGAGAGGUUCCCCGUCAACUUUGUUUCAAAAGUUUUCAACAGCUACUUCCUCCAGCAGCUACAAGAGCAGGACACCAGAAUCAACCGGGGCAUGCUGGCACAGCUGACUCAGCUCUACAUGACCAUGAAGCUGGAGUGUCCCUUUUAUGAGGGGCCCCAGCUCCCUCCAAAGUACCGCAUCAAGUCUUUCCUGCUGUUCGGCGGCUCCCUGGAGACGCCAGUGGAUCAGCAUCUGUACAACCUGGUGAAAAUCGGACUGGUGGAUUUGCUCGGGGAUCGUUCAUAUUUUGCAUCUAAAGUUCUGACUCCAUACUGCUACACUCUUGAUGUGGAGAUAAAACUUGAUGAAGAGGGGUUUGUGCUCCCCGCCAGACACGUUGAUGACGUCUAUAAGAGGAUAGCUCUUUGCAUUGAUGGACAAAAGAGGUUCGCGUCAAACACGAAGCAGCUGCUCGGACAAGAGGCCAUCAAGCAACGCCAUCUGAGGCUCCUGGGAUAUGAAGUUGUUCAGAUUCCUUUCUAUGAAUUUGAAAAACUACAAUCCAAGACUGCCAUGGUGGAGUUUCUGCAUAAGAAGAUCUUCCCUCACACAUACAGGCUGAGCUGGUGAAGCAAACAGGAUGUGGUUGGAAUGUUGAGUUUUUAUAACAGAAACAAAUCUAUUUAUUUUUUGCUAACACUUUUUGGCAAAUCAAUGUUUAAGUUAUUGCUGUGAAUGUUCAGCAAAUAAAAUGACUUGUGUACAAAAACUGACUUUUCAAUUACUUCAGAACGAGUCCCAGUUUGUGUUUGAAAAAUAUAGUUUAUUUGGUUUUUUGCUG